GAACUGUGUGUUUAUUUGGGAAUUUGUCGCUUGUUGGCUGACAUUUUCAACACUUUCGACAUUUGCAAUAAAAUCAAAAUCAAAAUCAAAAUUUUUGAGUCUCUACUGUGGCAUUACUCUCACAUUUCGAGUCGAAAUUUAGGAUAAAAUCGUAUUAUUUCUAUCUGCAAACAUCCAGUGCAAGGUCGAGUGGCAACCACACAAUAGCUCAAGGGCUACAAAACAAAUACAUGUGUACAAUCUGCCCCAGUUUUACAUAUUUCUAAUUUAGCGUAUAGUAAUCAUAGUUAUAGCUCAUCAUGGGCUACGAUCUGGCAUUAAUUGUUGGCCACGUCGACGAGGAGCUGCUCUGCCCCAUCUGCGCCGAUGUGCUGGAGGAGCCAAUGCAGUCGUCCAGCUGUGAGCAUGCCUUCUGUCGCUUUUGCAUCGAGAAGUGGAUGCAGGAGAAGCAAAUCUGUCCAGUGGAUCGCUCGGAUCUGCUGCCCAUCCAUUUGGUUCCCGUCUCCCGCCUCAUGCGCAACAUGCUGGCCCGCUUGAAGAUCAAGUGCUGCUUCGCGGAGAACGGCUGCACGGCGCUGAUGCCCCUGGGGGAGUAUCGCGAUCAUGUGGCCAACUGCCAGAACAAUCCCAAGGUUGUGGUCGUCUGCAACAAGGGCUGCGGCAUGCGUGUGCCCAAGGACGAGCUGAGCCGUCACAAUUGUGUGUUCGAGCUGCGCCAGCAGCUGCAGGACCACAUCAAUGCGAUACCCGAGCUGCGCGACAUGCAGGCCCAUCAGGAGCGGCGGCUGGGCGAGCAUCGGCGCGAGCUGGAGCUGCUGCAGUAUUAUAUAGCGACACUAAGAGCCACAAAUCCGGUAAUUCGCACGGUUGGCGACCAGCUGGAUCGGUAUGCUCUGAUGCGCUGGGGUCGCGGCCUGCCGCUGGCCUCGGUUCGCACUUGGGGCAGCCUCAUCUCCACCCCGGACAUGCCCAUGCGACUGAUGGUGCGCGAGGGCUUGCGCGCCAGUGGCUGUCCGAUGCACCUAAUGGAGAUCCUGCUCGAUUGCUGUCACGAAGACAGCUGGCCGGAGGGCCUGACUACGCUCGAGAUGCGUCGCUUGAAUUUGCAUCGGCUGGCGCAGUUUGUGACGCGUCUGCUGCCCGUUGUGAUCACUGGGAAGCCGUGCGCGGUCAUUCUGGGCGGCGACAAUGCGCACAUGCCCGAGAAUCUUCGCCCGGUGCUGGGUGUGAUUAUGAUAUUUGUUGAUGGCGUCGAUGAGACGCAUCCGGAACCAACUCCAUUGCCAGAUAGCGAUUACCUCUAAGUGCAAAUUUAACAAGUCAUGUUCGAUCUGUCUAAAUUAUCUUUGAAUUACAAAAUCUGACAUACAUGCAUACAUAUUGGCGCUACUCUGAUCUGAUCUGUUCCCAUAUAUGUAUAUACAUUUUUUAAA